GGCGGGGACUGCCACUCGGCCUCCCCGCGCCAGGUAAAUCGGAGGGUGAGGAGUGGGUCGUCGCAGCGGCCUCGCCAUGACCGCAACCAUGAGGCAGAGGUUUGACCAGUUCCUGCACGAGAAGAACUGCAUGACCGCCGUGCUCGAGCGUAUCGAGAGCAAGACCGGCGUCAGCCGUACCUACAUCGCCACCGCCAUCAUCGCGGCGGUGGCCCUCUACCUGGUGGUGGGCUACGGCGCGUCCCUGCUCUGCAACAUCAUCGGCUUCGGCUACCCCGCCUACGUCUCAAUCAAGGCCAUUGAAAGUCCCAACAAAGAUGAUGACACACAGUGGCUGACUUACUGGGUUGUGUACGGCGUUUUCAGCAUAGCUGAAUUCUUCUCUGACAUCUUUCUGUUCUGGUUCCCUUUCUACUAUAUGCUCAAGUGUGGUUUCCUGUUGUGGUGCAUGGCUUCAAGUCCUUCUAAUGGGGCAGAGUUCAUCUACCGUCGGAUUAUCCGGCCUAUAUUCCUGAAGCACGAAGCCAAGCUUGACAGUGUUGUUAAAGACCUGAAAGACAAGGCUGCAGAGACUGCAGAUACCAUCACUAAAGAAGCCAAGAAAGCAACAGUGAACUUACUGGGUGAAGAAAAGAAGAGUACUUAAGAACUACAUCAUUAAUGGGAUGGACUGCAUCCUCCAUGGCAGUCUGCUCACAAAGAUCUGCAGAACCUUCUGACUGUACUAAGAGCAGCUUAGCAUAAGCACUGAAACUUCCUGAACAGAGAUGCUGUUGUUGUACUUGACAUAUUCCUGAUCAAUCAGUAAGCACACAACCAAAGUUUUAGGAGAGUAAGGGCUUUUUUUCCAGUCAGUGUAAAAGAACAUAUAUUUUUUCUUAGUUCUCAGUCUGUAUUUCCUGUAUUUACACUGCAUUAUUUUCAGCAAGUUCUGCAUGUAUUACUGAAAGCUCCAUGUUCUCAUUUCCAUGAUUCUGUUUUUUUAAAGCCGUUAGUAAUACUAUGGUAGUUCUCACAGAACAUGCAGAAGGAAAGCUUAUGCUUUUGAUAAAAAAUGAUUUCUGGUCCACAGUCUUAAAAUGAAAAGAAUUCUGAGGACUUCUGGCCUUGUGCCAAAGUUGGUAUAUAACAUCACUGUAAAUUCUCAGAGGCAAGCAUUGCAAAAGAGUGAAGCACACAGAGCAACUCAGAAGAUCAGUUUUUAAGUUGGAAGAUAGAAGGAAAGCAUUUUAAGCUUCAAGCUGAAAAACAUACCCCUUCCGGCUGUCAGCUUGCAUAGGAAAGUAUGAAACUAUGAAACUCAGUGUACACUCAGUGUACAUCACUUUCUGUAGGACAGCAGUUUGUCACUUGAAGGCCAAAUAUGAAAUAUCAUAGAUGAUCACUCCAUGAAAACUUCUUGUUAUGAGUGGAUGUGCUGAAGAAGAUAGAGUCUACAGUUGUAGAUCUGAGUGAGUAAAAAGCUUGAAGAGAAUCACCAUUUAUGUGGUUUUAUUUCUUACCUUCCUCCAUCUUAAACACACUGAACUUUUCUGUAAACUGUAUUUUAAUAAACACUAUCAACUUGGGUAGAGAGGCAGGCAUAUGGCCAGUGUAGUUUAGUUUCAUGUCUUGAAAUAAUAACUAGUAAAUAAAAAUACUUAUUUGAUUUAGGUACAAAGUACCACACAACUUCUCUAAAAGUUGCUGAUAAAUCUUAGAUUUUCUGAGCCCAACAAGGUCUGUAGUAGAGACAGAAGUUGUUUCUCAGUUCUCAUACCAUUCAACAGUUCUUCCACUGUUAUUAAUGGGGAUAAUAAUUUCUACAUAAGUGUUAAAAUACUUACAUCUUACAUAUAAGUUAGCAGGUUUUAAAUAAACUCCUUGUCUUUACAACUUGGUAUUUCUUGACCAGCAGCUAAAUUCAGUACCUCUUUGUCAAGAGUUCUACUUGAAAUAGAACUACCAUCUGUUGUUAAGAGAACUUGAUCGUGUUUGCCUUGAUGCAAGUAGAAAUGACUGAAUUUCUGUAACAAGUUUUCUGUCCCUGUUAGUACCUCUGCUGGGCUGGCCCCACCGAUCAGUGCUCCUCUUUGAAUCUCCUUUGCAACACUUAUGUGCAAAUGUUGGUACACACAUCUGCUCUUUGUCUGUACUGAAGUUGUAAUGUGCUAAAUAAUGGACAUUAAAUAAAAAGAUUCUUACAGGA